GAUCUUGAAAGAGAGGGAGAGAGAGACAGAGAGAGCAGACGGAGGGGAGAGAGAAAGACUGCAUCAAGACGCUCCCUUGAUUUCCCAAGUUCCUAAGACACAUGGAAAGUAAGAACACUUACCAGAUUCAGCAUCUAACUUCAGCGAUGGACCCAACAGCAACCCUUCUGUAUUUGGAUUACUAUGAAGAUUCAAGCACAGAUCAUCCUAUCAUGGAAACUCUCUCCCACACUUCCUACACAUCUGUCUUUCUCCCUAUCUUUUACACAGCUGUGUUCCUGACUGGAGUAUUGGGGAAUUUCAUCCUCAUGGUUUCACUGCAUUUCAAACAUGGCAACCGAAGAUUGAUCGACAUCUUCAUCAUCAACCUGGCUGCCUCUGACUUCAUUUUCCUUGUCACGCUGCCUCUUUGGGUGGAUAAGGAAGCCUCUCUGGGACUGUGGAGGACUGGCUCUUUCCUGUGCAAGGGCAGCUCCUAUGUGAUCUCAGUGAACAUGCACUGCAGUGUCUUCUUGCUCACUUGCAUGAGCAUGGACCGCUACCUGGCCAUCAUGUGCCCAGCCUUAUCCAGAAGAGUGAGAAGGAGAAACUGUGCCUAUGCAGUCUGUACCAGUGUCUGGGUCAUCUCGUGCCUCCUGGGACUGCCCACUCUUCUGUCCAGGGAGCUCACUCACAUGGAUGGCAAACCAUACUGUGCAGAGAAGACACCCACUCCGCUGAAACUGAUGUGGGGUCUGGUAGCCUUAAUUGUCACCUUUUUCGUCCCCCUGUUGAGCAUUUUGACCUGCUACUGUUGCAUCACGAGGAGGCUGUGUGCUCAUUACCAACAGUCAGGAAAGCAUAACAAAAAGCUGAGGAAGUCCAUAAAGAUCAUCAUUAUUGUGGCAUCAGCCUUCAUCUUCUCCUGGUUGCCCUUCAAUACUUUCAAGCUCCUGGCCAUUGUCUCAAGGUUGCAGCCAGAAUACCAGUUUUCCGUGGCAUCUUUCCAGCUGGCCAUGGAGGUAUGUGGGCCCUUGGCCUUCGCCAACAGCUGUGUCAACCCUGUGAUUUACUAUGUCUUUGACAGCUAUAUCCGCCGGGCCAUUGUACGCCGUCUGUGCCCUUGUCUGAAGAACUAUGACUUGGGGAGCAGCUCUGAGACAUCAGACAGUCACCUCACUAAGGCUCUUUCCAACUUCAUCCAUGCAGAGGAUUUUGUCAGGCGAAGGAAGAGGUCUGUGUCGCUCUAAAGGGAGCUUUGACAUUUCAAGCUCUGUGGGCACUCUUAGGACAUCGGUUUUUGUCAGCAAAUGAGAAAGAGAAAAGCAUUAAAGAUGAAAUUCACAUUGCUUCAUAAAGCCAAGAAAGUGUUGAUUUUUUUAAAAGUCCCCCGGAAGAGCUCCUGUGUUGUGGAUAUAAUUAGGCCAUAUGCUGCAUUUUGAGCUAAAUGGUCUUACUUGGCAAUCAAGCCAUCCAGGCAAAAUACAAGCUCCAUUAUCCUUGAACACGUGGGUUGAUUUCCUCAUGUACAUCAGUGAACCUACAGGCCUUUCAGGACCAUCCACCCCACUGUUCACACUGGGCUGUGUUUUGAAGAGACACUUUCAUCUGGUAAGCAACAUAUCGGGCUGCAGGAUAACAAAAAAAGUAUACUUGUACUCUGUAACUCACAGUCUCUGAGUGACUGAGAUGGAUUCUGGUCCCAUUUCACAGUCUGUCUGGUGAGUCUUCAUCUCCUUCCAGCACUGGCUUUCAUCCCAGGCCAUUCUUAACAGCUUUGGUCUGGCAGGAAAAGUUCAUGAAGAUAAAGCCACUUUGUAUUGUGUUUAUGAACCAGGACCUACCUCAUCACCUGAUCUAAAGUAUGUUAACAAGGAAGCAUGGUGCAAAGUUUGACCUUUGCCUUAUAAGAAACACUGGUAACAAUGCAGCUUAUUAUAAUGCUAGUGUAACUGCUUUUUAAGGUUUUAAUAUGGUGUUUGUUUUCAUUGCCUUUAUAAAUUAGAAUCUGACUUUGUUGUAAUUACAUGUUUUUAAUUAGCUGUCAUCCAGUUAUCAAAUGAAAACGUUACUACUAAUGUAAUUGGGGCUUGGAGGUUUGGGCCCACCCCUAUGCAGAUUUAUCACUUGGGGUUCUAAUUAAAAUGUUAGUGCUGCACAUUCCUCUAACAAUUCUUUUGCUUGGUGUAUAUAAUUUCAAGAUGACAUGGGAAGUUCUGUAGCCAGCCAAAGAAAAAGAACUGUAGCAGAACUGGUACUAGUAUCUUCCGUAUGCUUUCAAUCCUAAAGGCCUUGCUGAGUCUCCUUACCUAAUACAAUACUAAGUCGGCUUACACCAUUAUUUAAAGAAAAAAAAAUGCAAUUAAUAGCAACAACAAAAGGCCACCCCAGCAAGUGGGCUAUUGUAAGUUUGGGCUUUGAUUCCAGAAAAAAAAAUGGGGUUUUAGUCCCAUUGUUGGCCUAAAUGAAUUAUCUUUUGACCACUAAAUGUUGAACUUAGAAAUAAGAAAAUACAGAUUAUUUUCAGGGACCAGCUUAUUGAAUUUCCUCCCAAGUAUCUUUCAUAGUAAGAGAAAUCUCAAACAUUGGACAUGUUCUUACAGUGAACCUAUUUUGAAGGGGAAGGUACCGGUUUGGGUUUGACAAAGUAUUCAAUUUGUUCUGUACACUGUUACCAAAUAAAAUAUUAUGUCCUUUUAUAAGCAUUUUUUCAUAUUAAAAUAUUAAUUUUAAUAACAUUAAUACCAGUACCAAAAAUGUGGUAAGCAGCUAUUUAAUAGAUUGUUGCAUUUAUAGAAGAAAGACUGUGUAAACCAUAGCAAAUAAAGUUUUCUGACAAACUUCAAAAUUGAAUUCAAAAUGGUUGAACAGUUCCUCAAAGCUUAAGCAAAAGCAGAACACAGAACACCAAGGGUACAUUUUUAUCAUACAGAAUAAUAAAACACCUUAAUAGUCAUGGGAGUUACCGCUUUUGAGAAAUGCCUUUAAAAAAUUAACCAGCUGAGAAAGUCAUUCAAAAUGAGAAAGCCUAAGAUAUAACUGUAAGCACUGUCUUAAUGUCGGGUCUUAACUGUUCUGACAACCAAUAUCAAAACUGAAUAAAACAACACACACUGCCAAUAAUUUUUAGAAGAUAAACACAUUCUAACUUGCAGGUUACACCCAGGCUUAGUAAAACAAAAUGACAGUAAUAACCUAAAAUAAUAUAGUAAGGUUGCUUAUUUUCAUUUAUUUAAGCCAUUCUUUGUCUUUAACAACAAAACCAAAAGUAUACCGAUGUUCAAAGCAUUUCUAAAGUAGUUUUUACUGAAUUUAUCCCCAAAGAAGCCCUCCAUUAAACCCUUGAUAAAGUUUUACCUGAUCAUCAAUGAUUAGUUUUCAGAAAAAUAUAAUGAAGACAUACAUAGUCACAGGCACAUAUCUAAAGAUCGGAACUAACCUGAUACAUCUUGCGAUUCAUGUAAUCUGUCCCCUCUGACAUGCCAAAUCACUUCUGUGAUGACCAUAAUAACUAGAGGAAGCUAUGCAUAUGACUGAGGUGAUCUAUCACUGGGGUCACAAGCUCAUUUCUUUUUUUUUAAAUGCAGAAAGCACAGUAUAUGGUGGUGGGUGGAAGAAAUCUUGCCCUAUGAUUCAUCUCAUCCCCUCAAAUCACUCUCCUUUCUCACUGGCAAUCUCAGAAGUGUGAAAUGACUUGUCUGCUGUGUCUGGCCUCAUAAAAGAGUAAGCCUAGGUUUUUCUACAGAGCUCAUUCACAAAAGUCGAGCGAUACUAAAAUAACUGUGAAUGUGUUAUUAAAAGUCAUGCCACAGGUGUAGCCUGCUGGCUGGACGAUGGCCGCAGCCUUGCCAGAGGGGAAGAACCAGAGGGUCAUUCAAACCACUGAAUUAUUUGCAUUUACUAGCUAUUCCAAGUUCCUUUGUCUCCUGUAAAUGAGGCUUGGAUUUCCUUCUGCAAAACCUAUGACUAUCUGCUUGCUUUAAGUCAACUUUUUUUAAAAAUUAUUUUUUUAUUGGAGAGAAAGUAAUUGUGGCUAGAAUUUAUAUAGAGUUGUCCAAGGUGAAGAGCCUUCCAUUGUUCUGAUUUUAUUUUGCAGAUGUAAAAAAAGUCUACCUUACAAUGAGUUGCCCUUGUUUCUGGUUAGCUUAGUCAUUUUCAUAAUAGAACUAUAUUUCAUGACUGAAUUGAUAAAUUAGAAUUGUGUCAUAAAUAUGAUGACCCAGUCCCCCAAAACCCUGCUAGUACACCAAACUGUUAAAAUAGGUUCUUAGGACACAGUGAAUUAUCAGUUCCAAUAAAGAGUCUACUUGUUAUAUGUAUUAAGUUAGUAUGCACAAGAUUUCUAAAGCCCAAAUGUACUUUAAAAUUACCAUGGGACAUUUUUUACUUGACUGCAUGUGGUUAGGUUGAAAUGUAGUCCAGUUAGACAAGUGUCCGUUCAGAAGACCUGUGAUACAAUGCUAACCUUAUUUUUAUAAUUUGUCCUUUGUCUCUAACUGAUGUUACCAGUCUAACACUUCUUGGUUAUUUUUGUUUCUAAUUAAGAAGGUUCCUAUCACUCCCUUCUAAGAAUUAGUCUUCAUUAACAGUGCUCCAUACUUGUCAACAUUGAUAGGAAUUUUAACACUUUCAUUAGUGCUUAUCAAUUCUUUUUAGAAAAUAUUUACUUUUACCUCAUUGCUUAUUCAAAGGAAAGUAUAAAACAUUCUCCUUCCUAGCGUAUUUGUGAUCUGUGUUCCAUAAAUGCAUCCUGGUAUUUGCUCUUUGUUAUGUAUAAAGCAUGAGUUAUAAGCUAUUUGUACAUCAAAUAAAAUUUUAUGCAUAAAAAUGAUAUAGCACUAAAGACCACUUUUUAAAUUUUUUCCUCUGCUAGUCCUCAGCAAACUCACCUUUGCUCUUAUAAAGUACAGUCCUCUGCUAUUAAUGGCAAUCAAUUGUGAAAUUUUCACAUAUCCUUGAAUUUGUCAAUUCCAGAAUAACAUCAUCAACUUCAUAGAAAUUUAGUGAAGUGUAACAUUCAGAAAAACUGCCUGGAUUACAGAAAAUGAGCCUAAAUGGGGUAUCGGUCCUAAGUAUAUGACCUCACUCUAGAUAAAUGGUUCGAUUUCUCUUCUCGAUGUUUGUGGUUUGAAUAUAUGAUUUUUAUGCUAUAGAUCUGUGGGGUUCUUUAAAAGCAAUCAUAUCACACACACUGUUCUAAACACAGUGUUAAUCAUAAACAAUGUGUUGUGACACUUUGUUAAAUCUCCUCAUUGUAUGUAUGUUUUGUAAAGCAGAUACACUGUAGUUACCCUAUUGACAAAAACACUUUCUCGUGUGUACAAACUUAAUAAUACAAACCUAUAGUGCAAUCACAGCUAAUAAGCAUCUAUUACAUUUUGUUAUCGUGAUUAAGUAUCUUAUUGUGGUUUCUCAGAACACAGAAAACUUUCACCUUUUACUAAUGUUCUAGGUAAAUUACUUGAGCUGAAUGUAGCUGUUCUCUAUGUACUUGUUAAACUAUGGAAUACAAUGUGGCUGUAAAGGAAAGAACAUGCAAAUGCA